AUGCAACAUCAGCAUUGUGUGCUUGAAAACCCAUCCAACCUUUGCUACCUCAACUCCAUGAUCCAAGCACUGCUGCACCUGUUUGGUCAAGUCAGGCCGCCGGACAAAGCGGGCUUUGGAUGUCUACGCCCCAUGCUUAAUGCGCUGACCAAAUGUGUCAAGCCCCAGCAACUAAGCAGGAGAAAGGACUGCAUGCAGCUUCUGCAAGGCUGGCGUGACCUCCACCAGCAGCAUGAUGCUGCAGAACUUCUGCAACAUCUAACAAAGGACGGGGUCCCUAGGAUCUUGCUGGGCAGCUGGGAGUCCAGGGUUUCCGGAGUUAGUGAACGGGAGCCGGCCACAGUCCGGGCUUGGAACACGGCGGUGCCUCUGAUCCCUCUGCCAUGCACAGGUCAGACCACGACACAGCUGGCGCUGAACUCCUGGAGCGUACAGCCGGGACCUCGCAACGAGGAAUAUGUGACCGCACUGGCUGACGUUCCCGUGAUACUCAGUAUACAGCUUCUACGUUUUCAGGAAAAGGGUGGUCGUAUUAAGAAGGUCCGCAGCCCGGUCACCGUCAAUCCAGUCAUCAGAGUUCCCUUUUUCAAAGACGGAAAUACCCAACAACUCAGCACGAGCGAAUACCGGCUCAUCUCUGGUGUUGUACACACAGGGGACACCCCACACACUGGGCACUAUAGAUGCUUCUGUCUCAAACCACAGAGCAGUUCUUCUUCUGAGGUGGAGACGAUCGCUGAGGCCUUUGACAAAGGAGCCGCAACUUCGGCCCUACAGAUGGUAGAUGAUGGUAGGACGCCAUUCAACGCCACGGCUAGGGAUGUACAGCAUAUAAAUCGCAACUGGUACAUACUUUUCUUUUCGCGGCAAUAG